AUGAGCAUCAGUGAGUCGGACAGCCUUUGGCUGCAAAAGAGUAUUCACCUCGCCGAUCCCAUACCGGAAGCCACUGGAGGAGGGGUUGAGACGGACGAGAAUUCGAGACCCGGGGAGUUGCUGAUGGUGGGAGAAGGCAUGGCAAAGGAGGUGGAAGAAUUGGGAGGGAGUUCAGGUCCCUCCUCAGCGCGAUUUAUUCACAGUACUUCUCAACGAGCUUCGUGCAGGCAGUCGGUGUCGAAUGCAAGUUUUGCGUCGCUUCAUGAAAUAGAUGAGUUGCGAGCGCGUAUCGCUCAACUGAAGCGUGAGCAGUUAAGGUGGUCCGGUAACCAGCGAGAAUUAGAAAUUGUGCGGUUUGAGCUCGUACAAACACAGCAGGAGUUACAAACAACGCGUGAAUACGCGAGAACUCUUAAGGAGCAACUUGACGAAGCAGAGGCCAAAGCUGAAAAGGAGGCCAAAGCACGGCGAAACUCAGAGGCGCAGUUGGAAAAAUCGAUUUCUCAAAGCAGUAGAGACAAGGAGUUCCUCAAACAGCAGUUGGAAGCUAUGAAAGAAGAGCACUGCCGUCAGUUAGCAGAGGUGGAAGGGCGCUCGGAAGUUGAAGGCAGUGGCCGUACGGAGUUCAUGCGCGAGCAAAUAACCAAACUAACGGAAGAUAUCGAGGCACUAGACGAAAGCAACGUGAAGAGUCGUGAAGAAGCCUGCCGUCUGGGUAGGGAGAAUGAACUCCUUCGUGCCAAUAUUAAGUCCACCCAAGCCAAAUGUGACGAACUCCAACGCUCCCUGGAAUCGUGCACGACUCGUUAUGCAGAAUUGGAAAACAUGCACAAGAUCUUUGUCGAGAAGACUGAGCGCUCCCAAAGUGAAGCUCUUGACUCCCUAAUGGCGACGAAUAACGACCGCAUGAAGAAGAUAAUUUCAUCCAAGGAAGAAAUCAUUGAUGAGCUCCGUGAGGAGUUGAAGGUCUUCAAGGGAAAAUCCGGUUCUUUUUCGGAGGAGAUCACAAAUCUACAACACCGUGUUCGCAUGCUCGAAGCUGAGGCUAAACAAAUGACCCAAGAACACGAAAAGGAGUUAAGGAGUAUCCGGGACCAACACCACCUUGCUUUAUGCCAGCAGCAACAGGAAUCCGAAAUUCUCAUUCGGGAAGCAAAGAAUGGGAGGGUGUCUUUGGAAGAAGAAACAUCCUUUUUGAAGCGCCAAGCAGUGAAGGCAGCGGAAGAAUUAUCCGCAGCCGCAGCACUAAUAGUGCAGCGUGAAGAGCAACUAAGCCAUCUGGAAAGUGAGAACAUCACGAUGAGGAAUGCCCUGCAAGCCGCUGAGCGUGACCGCGCCUCUGCGGUGGAUAAACUUGAAACCGCCCGCAGCGAACUCCUUCAGGCUGAGGAGCGCACUCAGCACUUGCAGCAACAGUACGAUUUGACUGAAACUGUUUAUUCACAGGAUAUGCUGGAAUUGAAGGAAAAGUUGGCCGCGGCGCAAGUGAAGUUGAUGCAAACUGAGAGUGAGCUGUCCGCUGUAAGGCAAGAAAAAAUGAAAUAUGAGACAGAAGCAAUCACAAAUAUGUCUGAUCUUCGAUCCAAGCUAGAGGAAGCGGAGUGUGAUAGGAAGCGUCUGCAGCAUGCCGUCGAACAGGCAUCUCAAACUGAUAAACAGCUGGAGCAACUGCGCGUCAAGUAUCUUACCAUGUGCAAGAGGGCGGAGAAUAUGGAAAUCGAGCUCGCUGCCGUCACGAGUAGAUGUUCCCUGCUUGAGAAGCGACUGGAUGAGGAGUUCCGCCGCUCGGUGCGGAACGCUUCGCAUUCGCCCGUGUCUCUUCAUUUUGGAGGUGGGAACGUGUGCCUUCGGGGCAUACAAUCGGCUAAUGUGCCUCCAUCCGCCAGUAAGCAAGCGAAGAGGAGCCGAUCCGUCGAGCAACGUGUUUUUACAAUCAGCGGUUUUGACGGAACGGAGUUACUUGAGAAAAUUCACAAGCUUCCGUACGCCACAGUUGCCGAGUGUAAAUCCAACUCACCGGUCCCCACGAAUUUAACCCACUUAGUCACCAACGGGCAGUUAACAGUAAAACUCUUGACAGCUCUUGUGCGCGGGUGUUGGAUACUUCCCGAGGCAUACGUACAUGAGUCAACGAAACAAAAAAUGUGGCUUGAUGAAUUGUCGUAUGGUUUCCGACAUGUGAAACUGCCGAUCGCACGGAAACGUAUUGGAUUCAGUGAGGGUUUUGUUUCGUCCAGACAUCUCAACACGGCGAACCUCAUCAUUGUGGAGGGCGGUGCCACAGUUGAGAGCAACUUAACCGAGGCAGAUAUGAUCCUUUGCACACGUAGUGAGUACGGGAACAUGGAGAACACUCGGGCAGUAACUUGGGAUAAGUUGGUUGAGCUCAUUUACCCCGUUAAAAUCGGUGUCGUGGCAGAGGAAGUAAAGCAGCCACAGUAG